UUCAGCACAGAUGACGAGGUUACGCACUUCCUCGUGAUUUUCGAGAUAAAGAGGGAAGAUAGUCGCAAGCGAGGAUCAUUGUGGGCCAUGAGGUCGACGUUGUCGUUGUGUGUGUUGGUGGUGCUCUCGAUCGGCCUGGUCGCCGCGCAGGACUCCAACUGGGGUCUCAAGGUCAAGUGCUAUGUUGUGGAAGGGGAGGUGGUUUGUCCGGGGUGCAGGCAGAGGGCAGGAUUAUCAUGUCCUCGCUUCGAUCCAGAUAUGAACAGGAUCUGCGGACAAGCAACGCCACCACCUGAUAUCGAAGAAGAAAAUACGCCAGAAUGCGACGAAGCAGCAACAGAAACAAAAGCACCUGAAGUAACAACAAGUAGCCCAAAGUCCAGUACCCCCUUGACGCAGACUGAGCUCGACUUGAUGAAGAACGAAACAUGGCGGGAAGCAAUUCAAAAAGACAUCAGCAUGCGAACUUUCUUGUACCGAAUCCUACAGCCGUAUGGAAGGCGUCAGAAAAGGGAGGUCCCCGAAGAACUAGAAGAAGGCACCUGUCGCUGGAAUGGAGACUGUCCUUGUCCCCAAAUUUGCUGCCGAGCCGGAGAAGGAUGUCCCAGACGAUGCAAAAUGGGAAUUCGUUUGCCACCACCAUGGGGAAAACGAUAACAAAUCACAGUCAAAUAAUGGUGAAAGGUGUUCAAGCAAUUAAAUUGUGUAAUUAUGAAGGUGCAUUUUUUUAAAUGUGUUAAUUAGAAAGGUGAUUCCAUUCUUAUUCUUGAAGACAAUUGAAAUUCGAAUGAUUUUUCAUGGUGUGGAGAAAUUAAAAUGAUCUCAAGCAGUUCCGAAACUGAAAUAGGACUGCUUUGUUAUGGUAGAUAUUUUUAUUAAUAUUUCUGUGAUUGAAUACGCACAUAUGUGCAAAUAAUAUUUUAAUAUUACAUAUGAUAUUAAUAAAUAAUAAUUACUUUGCUAUA